CUUUACUAAGGGUUCACGGAGCCGGCAAUGAAGAACGAAAAACUGCCAAAAAGAAGAAACAGAAAGAAUAGUUUGUGGAAGUUUUUAUACCGUCUUCUUGAAUCACCAAAUCAAGAAAACGACAAUCUUCUCCAAUGGGUCGAUAGGAAGAACUACAUUUUCCGAGUGGUACAAACAGCGGAACUAGCGCAUCGCUGGGGACAGGAGAAAAAUAAGGUUAAUAUGAAUUACGACAAAUUGAGUCGUGCUCUUCGCCAGUACAAACAUGGUGAGGUGCAAAAGAUCCCUGGACAAAAGCUUAUGUUCAAAUUUGGCCAUGUUGUUAUGAAGGAUGAUUACAAGACGUCUUGAUGUGAACUAUUGAUUGAAAGUAAAGAAACAAGGAUUGAUAUAUUGCACACUAUAAAUGAUUUCAGCUUAAUUUGAUUCGCAUUUACUAUGUAAUCGCUUACGAUAAAAUAACUAUUUUCAAUGAUUUUACGCAAUAAAAUUAAUUUUACAUUAUUGUAUCAUGUGUAAA